AUGACUAUUGACAUGGAAGAAGAAAUUGCAAUUUUGGUUCAACACGAUGGUAAAUGGGAUAGUGAACACAAUUACAACAAUUUCAUAGUUGAUGGUGUGACACUAAAAGUGAGUUCGAAUUUGGAUACCAUCCUUGAUGAAAUGACGAAGAUACUUGGGGUUUAUGCUUCAACAGAUACAAUUGAAAUUAAAUAUUCUGUGAAGCAAAAUUAUACUCCAAUGAAGAUAUACAAUGAUAGGAGUUUGAGAUGGUAUUUGGAUUUGAAAAGAAAAAGUUCCUUCACAGAUUUUCCAUUGUGUAUAAUAUUGAAGGAAAAAAACUGUGACGGAAUUUUGUCAUUUUCUAAUCCUAUCAGUUCAAGUUCUAAUUCUACCCAUGAUAUGCAACUGGUAGAACGUGUUGAACUCACUCAAACACUUAUUUCGAUAGACAACAAUUACUCGCGUGAUGAAAUGGAAAUUGACGAAGAUGGUAUAAUCAACAACAGAGUUCAUAAAGACAUCAAAAAAGGUCAGUUGUAUAUGAACAAGGAGAUACUCCAAGAUGUUUUAAAUCGCAUUGCCAUCAAGGAAAAUUUUCAGUUCAAAGUUAAGCGUUCAAGUACGACAAGGUAUUAUCUUGUUUGUGUUGAUGAUCAGUGUUCAUGGUAUUUUAAGUCUUCCAGCCUUAAUAAUUCAAAUAUAUUCAAGGAGAGAAAAUUUUACAAUGUUCACACAUGUGGAAAUGAAUCAAGAUUUUUUUCACAACGUCAUGCUACUUCAAAGUUUGUAGGAGGCUUGUUAACAAGAAAUGUUGACAAUCCUAAGACAAUAUAUACUCCAGCCGAUAUACAACGUGACAUUAGAAAUCAAUAUGGUGUUGAUUUGAACUACAUGAAGGCAUGGAGGGAAAAAGAAAAGGCACUAGAGAUAUUAAGAGGUAAACCUAGAGAUUCAUAUGGAAAGUUGCCUAGCUACUUGUACAUGGUGAAGCAUACAAAUCCUGGAUCUGUUACAAGAUUGGAAAAGACAGACGAUGGACGUUUUUUAUAUGCAUAUGUAGCUCUUUACGCCUCAAUUAAAGGAUGGGAAUAUUGCAUGCCUAUUGUUGUUGUUGAUGGUAGUUUCUUAAAAGCAGCCUACAGGGGAACAAUUUUGACAGCUUGGACACAGGAUGCGGCAGUAGUCGAUUCAGAGAAUGAUUUAUCGUGGAAAUGGUUUUUCGAAAGGAUACGAGAGACCUAUGGCAUAAGAGAAGGUAUGUGUAUCGUAUCUGAUAGGCAUGAAAGCAUUCUGAACGCCACUUCUGAAGUGUAUCCAGGGGUGCCUCAUUGUGUAUACUUAUACCAUCUUUGGGGCAAUAUUAAGAAAAAUAUCAGGAAGCACCAUAAGGUCCUGAGAAAAAUAUUUUUUGCAAUGGCUAAUGCAUACACAACAGAGGAAUUCGAUCAUUAUAUGGCUGAGACCUAUAACAUUGACAAUAGGGUGAAAGAAUACUUAUUCGAAAUUGGAUAUGACAGAUGGUCGGUUGCACACUCCAAUGUCAAUAGAUUCAUGGUGAUGACUUCAAAUAUUGCAGAAUCUGUUAAUGCAGCUGAUAAAGAGGCCAGAGAUCUUCUUAUAUAUGAUUUGUUGGAUUACUUGAUGAAGAUGAUUGGUCGUUGGAACAAUACAAACAGGAAUGAAGCAAUUGCAACAGGCACAACACUAAGCACAAAAUAUGAAAACCUAAUGAUGGAGAAAAUGAAGGAAUCACACGGAAUGAUGGUUGUCCCGUCAACGGAAUAUUUGUAUACAGUUUAUGAUGGAGGUAAACGGCAUGUAGUCAAUAUGCGUGAAAGAAUAUGCACAUGUAGGCAAUUUCAAAUGGAUGUAAUGCCGUGUAAGCAUGCUUUGGCUAUCGUGAGAAAAUACUACAUGAGUGAAUAUGAAUAUUGUUCUGUAUACUACAAGAAAGAUAACCUACUAAACGCAUAUGAAGUUCCAGUGUAUCCUAUUCCUGACGAGAUUAUAUGGAAAAUUCCUCCAAAUGUCGCAGCAAAUAUUGUCCUACCGCCCAAGGGAAAAAUCAAACUUGGCAGGCCACAAAAGAUUAGAUACAAAAAUGGUGGUGAAUCAAGAACAAAGAAGUCAAGAAUUACAUGUGGAGUGUGUGGACAACAAGGUCACAAUAGGCAGACAUGCCGAAACAUUCCACAGACAACAUAG